AUCGGGUUCACCAAAAAAUCGCCGGAACACUAUCGGAUAAUCGGGGAGAAAAACCGUAAAACAUGGCUCUCGUCGGUGUCGACUUCCAAGCGCCGCUGCGCAUUGUCUCACGCGUUCAGUUUGGAAUUCUCGGCCCGGAGGAGAUUAAACGCAUGUCAGUGGCUCAUGUCGAGUUUCCAGAAGUCUACGAGAACGGAAAGCCAAAGUUGGGCGGUCUCAUGGAUCCAAGACAAGGAGUCAUAGAUCGUCGUGGAAGAUGCAUGACAUGCGCUGGAAAUUUGACAGAUUGCCCGGGACAUUUCGGUCAUUUGGAGCUCGCCAAACCCGUAUUUCACAUUGGAUUCCUCACAAAAACGCUGAAAAUACUGCGUUGCGUAUGCUUCUACUGCGGACGGCUUCUCAUCGACAAAUCCGCUCCUCGAGUGCUGGAAAUUCUGAAAAAGACUGGCACAAACUCGAAAAAGCGGCUCACAAUGAUCUACGAUCUGUGCAAAGCCAAGUCGGUGUGCGAAGGAGCAGCGGAGAAGGAAGAAGGAAUGCCAGAUGACCCGGAUGAUCCGAUGAAUGAUGGAAAGAAGGUCGCAGGUGGAUGCGGUCGCUAUCAACCAUCAUACCGCCGUGUCGGCAUCGACAUCAACGCAGAAUGGAAGAAGAACGUGAAUGAGGACACGCAGGAGCGAAAAAUCAUGCUGACCGCCGAACGAGUACUCGAAGUCUUCCAACAGAUCACAGACGAAGAUAUUCUCGUAAUAGGAAUGGAUCCACAAUUCGCUCGGCCUGAAUGGAUGAUUUGUACCGUACUUCCAGUCCCACCACUUGCAGUUCGUCCAGCAGUCGUCACAUUUGGAUCGGCAAAGAAUCAGGACGAUUUGACCCACAAACUUUCGGAUAUUAUCAAAACCAAUCAGCAGUUGCAGAGAAAUGAGGCUAACGGAGCCGCAGCCCAUGUGCUCACCGAUGACGUCAGGCUUUUGCAGUUCCACGUGGCAACUCUUGUGGACAAUUGUAUUCCGGGCCUGCCGACGGCUACACAGAAGGGUGGACGACCGCUGAAAUCGAUCAAGCAGCGACUGAAAGGAAAAGAAGGACGCAUUCGUGGAAAUUUGAUGGGAAAACGUGUGGAUUUCUCUGCGCGUACCGUCAUCACAGCCGAUCCGAACCUGCCGAUUGAUACGGUCGGUGUGCCGAGAACUAUUGCGCAGAAUCUUACGUUCCCGGAAAUUGUGACACCUUUUAAUGUGGAUAAGCUGCAGGAGUUGGUCAAUCGUGGUGAUACACAGUAUCCUGGUGCCAAGUAUAUUAUUAGAGAAAACGGAGCUCGAGUGGAUCUUCGCUACCAUCCGCGUGCCGCCGAUCUUCACCUCCAACCGGGAUACCGUGUCGAACGUCACAUGAAAGAUGGCGAUAUAAUCGUCUUUAAUCGUCAACCGACUCUCCACAAAAUGUCAAUGAUGGGACAUCGUGUCAAAAUCCUCCCAUGGAGUACAUUCCGAAUGAAUUUGUCUGUCACAUCACCGUACAAUGCGGAUUUCGAUGGAGAUGAGAUGAAUCUUCAUUUGCCACAAAGUUUGGAGACCCGAGCCGAGAUUGAGGAGAUCGCUAUGGUGCCGAGACAACUCAUCACUCCACAAGCCAACAAACCAGUCAUGGGUAUCGUCCAGGAUACUCUCUGCGCCGUCCGUAUGAUGACAAAACGUGACGUCUUCAUUGACUGGCCAUUUAUGAUGGAUCUCCUUAUGUAUCUACCAACUUGGGACGGAAAAGUCCCCCAACCAGCAAUCCUGAAGCCCAAACCACUUUGGACCGGAAAACAAGUCUUCUCGCUUAUCAUUCCUGGAAAUGUCAAUGUUCUGAGAACCCACAGUACCCAUCCAGACUCUGAAGAUUCUGGACCAUACAAAUGGAUUUCCCCUGGAGAUACCAAAGUUAUCAUCGAACACGGAGAGCUUCUAUCGGGAAUUGUGUGCUCCAAAACUGUCGGAAAAUCGGCUGGUAACCUGCUCCACGUCGUCACCCUUGAGCUCGGAUACGAAAUUGCCGCCAACUUUUAUUCGCACAUUCAAACGGUCAUCAAUGCAUGGCUCAUACGAGAAGGUCACACAAUCGGAAUCGGUGAUACGAUUGCCGAUCAGGCGACCUAUUUGGAUAUUCAGAAUACUAUCAGAAAAGCCAAACAGGAUGUGGUGGAUGUAAUUGAGAAGGCUCACAAUGAUGAUUUGGAGCCAACGCCCGGAAACACGUUGAGACAGACUUUUGAGAAUAAAGUCAAUCAGAUUUUGAACGACGCUCGUGAUCGAACGGGUAGUUCUGCGCAGAAGAGUUUGUCUGAAUUCAACAAUUUCAAGUCGAUGGUGGUGUCAGGAUCGAAGGGAUCGAAGAUUAAUAUCUCGCAGGUUAUCGCGUGUGUCGGACAACAAAACGUCGAAGGAAAGCGUAUUCCAUUCGGUUUCCGUCAUCGUACACUUCCUCACUUCAUCAAGGACGACUAUGGACCGGAAUCCAAAGGUUUUGUCGAAAAUUCCUAUCUGGCCGGCCUAACUCCAUCGGAAUUCUUCUUCCACGCAAUGGGAGGACGUGAAGGUCUGAUUGAUACAGCUGUAAAGACUGCCGAGACUGGAUAUAUUCAACGUCGUCUAAUCAAGGCUAUGGAAAGUGUAAUGGUUAAUUAUGAUGGAACUGUGCGAAAUUCCCUUGCACAAAUGGUUCAAUUGAGAUAUGGAGAAGAUGGUUUGGAUGGAAUGUGGGUUGAGAAUCAGAAUAUGCCGACGAUGAAGCCCAAUAAUGCCGUGUUUGAGAGAGAUUUCAGAAUGGACCUCACCGACAACAAAUUCCUUCGCAAAAACUACUCGGAAGACGUUGUGCGCGAAAUUCAAGAAUCCGAAGACGGAAUUUCGCUCGUCGAAUCGGAAUGGUCACAGCUGGAAGAGGAUCGUCGUCUCCUUCGAAAGAUCUUUCCACGUGGUGACGCUAAGAUCGUGCUUCCGUGUAAUCUGCAGCGUCUCAUUUGGAAUGCUCAGAAAAUAUUCAAAGUUGAUCUGCGCAAGCCGGUGAAUCUCUCGCCGUUGCACGUGAUCUCCGGAGUCCGUGAGCUUUCGAAAAAGCUGAUCAUUGUCAGUGGAAACGACGAGAUUUCAAAGCAGGCUCAGUACAAUGCGACACUUUUGAUGAAUAUCUUGCUCCGUUCGACACUUUGCACCAAGAACAUGUGCACAAAAUCAAAACUGAACUCUGAAGCGUUCGAUUGGCUCCUCGGAGAAAUUGAAUCGCGAUUCCAACAGGCUAUUGCUCAACCGGGAGAGAUGGUUGGAGCAUUGGCGGCUCAAUCGCUCGGAGAGCCAGCUACUCAGAUGACACUCAACACGUUCCAUUAUGCAGGAGUUUCGGCGAAGAAUGUGACACUUGGAGUGCCGAGAUUGAAGGAGAUUAUCAAUGUUUCGAAGACGUUGAAGACUCCGUCGUUGACUGUAUUCUUGACGGGAGCGGCUGCCAAGGAUCCGGAAAAGGCGAAGGAUGUGUUGUGCAAGUUGGAGCAUACCACGUUGAAAAAGGUAACAUGCAAUACAGCGAUCUACUACGAUCCUGACCCAAAGAACACGGUGAUCGCCGAAGACGAGGAAUGGGUAUCGAUUUUCUACGAGAUGCCGGAUCACGAUCUAUCGCGUACCUCUCCAUGGCUUCUUCGGAUCGAAUUGGACCGAAAACGAAUGGUCGACAAGAAGUUGACGAUGGAAAUGAUUGCCGAUCGGAUUCACGGAGGCUUCGGCAACGAUGUUCACACUAUCUACACCGACGAUAACGCCGAGAAGCUCGUUUUCCGUCUCCGAAUCGCCGGAGAGGAUAAGGGAGAAGCUCAGGAGGAGCAGGUGGAUAAGAUGGAGGACGACGUGUUCCUACGAUGUAUCGAGGCAAAUAUGUUGUCAGAUUUGACGCUUCAGGGAAUCCCGGCGAUCUCGAAGGUCUACAUGAAUCAGCCGAAUACUGAUGAUAAGAAGCGUAUCAUUAUUACACCGGAGGGAGGGUUCAAGUCGGUCGCCGACUGGAUCCUUGAAACUGAUGGUACCGCGUUGCUCCGUGUGCUCUCCGAACGUCAGAUUGAUCCGGUUCGAACGACAUCCAACGAUAUCUGCGAGAUCUUUGAAGUGCUCGGAAUCGAGGCGGUCAGAAAGGCUAUCGAGCGAGAAAUGGACAAUGUCAUCUCGUUCGACGGAUCCUAUGUCAAUUACCGACAUUUGGCACUGCUUUGUGAUGUGAUGACUGCGAAGGGACACUUGAUGGCUAUUACGAGACAUGGAAUCAAUCGUCAGGAGGUUGGAGCCCUGAUGCGUUGUUCAUUCGAAGAAACGGUGGAUAUUUUGAUGGAGGCAGCCGUGCAUGCUGAGGAGGAUCCUGUCAAGGGAGUGUCGGAGAAUAUUAUGCUCGGACAGCUCGCUCGUUGUGGUACCGGAUGCUUUGAUUUAGUAUUGGACGUUGAAAAGUGCAAGUAUGGAAUGGAAAUCCCGCAGAAUGUUGUAAUGGGCGGCGGGUUCUAUGGAAGCUUUGCCGGCUCGCCGAGCAAUCGCGAGUUCUCGCCGGCUCAUUCGCCGUGGAACUCUGGAGUCACACCGACGUAUGCUGGAGCCGCCUGGUCGCCUACCACAGGUGGAAUGUCGCCUGGUGCUGGAUUUUCACCGGCUGGAAAUACGGAUGGAGGAGCAUCGCCGUUCAAUGAAGGAGGAUGGUCUCCGGCAUCGCCUGGGGAUCCACUGGGAGCAUUGUCUCCGCGUACUCCGUCGUAUGGAGGAAUGUCACCUGGAGUCUACUCUCCAUCGUCUCCGCAGUUCUCGAUGACUUCACCACACUAUUCACCGACGUCUCCCAGUUAUUCGCCAACUUCCCCAGCCGCUGGACAAUCGCCAGUGUCGCCGAGCUACUCGCCUACCUCGCCGAGCUAUUCUCCGACUUCUCCCAGCUAUUCUCCGACAUCACCGAGCUACUCGCCAACUUCUCCGAGCUACUCGCCGACGUCGCCGAGCUAUUCUCCAACAUCGCCAAGUUAUUCGCCGUCGUCGCCAAGCUAUAGCCCUUCGUCGCCGAGCUACUCGCCUUCAAGCCCGAGAUAUUCGCCAACGUCGCCGACGUACAGUCCGACGAGUCCAACGUACUCUCCAACAUCUCCAACGUACUCGCCGACGUCGCCAACAUAUUCUCCAACAUCUCCAAGUUAUGAAAGUGGAGGUGGAUACAGCCCAUCGAGCCCCAAGUACUCGCCGUCGUCGCCUACCUAUUCGCCUACGUCGCCGAGCUACUCGCCAACAUCACCACAGUACUCGCCGACGAGUCCGCAGUACAGUCCGAGCUCGCCGACGUACACUCCAUCCUCGCCGACAUACAAUCCAACAUCUCCACGCGGAUUCUCGUCGCCACAGUACUCUCCGACGUCGCCUACCUAUUCGCCUACGUCGCCUAGCUACACGCCGUCGUCGCCGCAGUACUCGCCGACGUCGCCUACCUACACUCCAAGUCCAUCGGAGCAGCCAGGAACUUCGGCUCAGUACUCUCCAACAUCGCCAACGUACUCUCCGUCGUCUCCAACGUAUUCGCCAGCUUCACCAUCAUACAGUCCAAGCUCGCCGACUUAUGAUCCAAAUUCAUAAGAUUUUUCCCGUUUUUUUGGGCAAUUUUCGCCGAUUUCUAUCUAUUUUACCCCAAAAAAAUGUUGAGCAUUAUUUAUUUAUUUUUCUUUUAAUUUUUCAAAAUUUUUUCCUCCUCUAAUUUUUGUUUCGUUGUUUUUGAGAUUUUCCCUUUUUGUUGUACAAUUCUGGGGAACAUUAUCUGUUUCAUUAUAUUUUCGACACCGCCUCCUCUAAAAUUGUUGAAAUUUUCAAAAUUUCAAAAAAAAAAAUGUUUUCGCAAUUUUCAGAGCGUGAGCAUGAGCCACUGUCCCCCGUUCCGUCCGUCUCGUUAUUUUUAUGUUUUUAUUCGUCGGAUUCACUUAUGAUUUCCACCACAGAAUCAUUAUUUGAAUCAAUAAACGACAUUUU